CUUGCCCUAAGCCGUGUUAUGCAUGGAUUAUAUGUCUUAUCUAACUUUACACAUACUGUCGUGCUAUUUUAUAAACUUUGAUAUAUGUCUAGGAUUGUUUAGGAUUUAGCAGAAUAUUUUGAUAAAAAUGCCAUCUAACAGGGAUAAAAUGUUGUUAGGAGCAGCUGGAACAGUAGGAGCUGGUUUGUUAUCGUGGAGGACAUUUUUCCCAUGGAUAGCUUACGAUAUAGCAUUCUUAAAAAGGAGAAGAAGAACGGACAAAAUGCGAGAAAUAGAUAUAAGGAAUCGUCGUUAUUGUAUCAAUAUGUUCGAGGAAGCUGUAGCAAAACACCCCAAGAAAGCUUUUGUUAUAUUUGAGGACAGAGUAUAUAGCUAUGAGUUUAUGAAUGAGCAGGCUAACAAAGUGGCAAAUAUAGCAGCCAAAUGGGGACUGAAAGUUGGUGAAUGUGUUGCUAUAAUGAUUGAGAAUGAGCCGUCAUUUAUCUGGACAUUUCUUGGUUUGCAGAAACUAGGGAUAGCUGUAGCUUUUAUAAACUACAACAUAAAAGGACAACCAUUGGUUCAUACAAUACGUGCAUGUGAGGCUAAGGUUCUCAUAGUAGGAGCAGCUGACGAAAUAGUACAUUCUGUUGAAGAAGUUAAACAGGAUAUUGGAUAUAUUCCUAUCUUUAUUCAUGGACAUACUAGUUGCGAGUGGUUCCAAUCUUGGGAUGACCUGAUGCAACAAGCGACCCAUGUUUCCAUUUAUCCAAGUGUUAGAGAGGAAAUGACACCAAAAACUCCAUGUUGCUACAUAUUUACAUCAGGAACUACCGGUUUACCAAAACCAGUGAUAAUUUCUCAGUUGCGAGGCAUUGCAAUGGGAAAGUUAUUUCAACUAUUCAAUCUGACACCGUCGGAUAUUAUCUACACAACCACACCAUUGUAUCACAGUGUCGGUGGAGGGCUGGGGAUAUUGAACACGUUGGACCAAGGUGCUACAAUGGUCCUGAAACGGAAAUUUUCAGCUCAUCAGUAUUUUGAAGAUGUCAGGAAACACAACGUUACUGUCAUUCAAUAUAUAGGAGAACUAUGUCGAUACCUCCUGUCCGUACCAGAGAGUAAAUUAGACGGUCACCACAAAGUGAGGGUGGCGUUUGGUAACGGACUGCGAGCAGAUAUUUGGGAGCGUUUUAAAAGAAGAUACAAUAUUCCUUACAUAUAUGAAUUCUUCGGAGCCACGGAGGGUAUUGGAUUUUUUGUAAAUGUAAACAAUAAGACUGGAGCAUGCGGUCGCUACUCUCCCAUUUUGCGAAUGAUGGACGCUCUAGAAAAGGUGUUUGUACAGGUAGACAUUGAUACAGGAGAGGUUGUAAGAGAUAAGAAUGGACAUUGUAUCCCAGUCAAACAUGGUGAGCCAGGACUUCUCCUCAGUGCGAUUCCUGCCAUGCUUAAUGACUUGCAGGUCUAUAAAGGAAGCCGAGAAAUCAAUGAGAAGAAAUUCUUGAGAAAUGUUCUGAAGGAAGGCGAUUGUUACUUUAAUGUUGGAGACAUUUUUUCGAUGGAUGACGACUACUUUCUUUAUUUCAAGGAUAGAUUUGGUGAUACUUUCAGAUGGAGAGGUGAAAAUGUGUCAACUUUGGAGGUAUCCAAUGUGUUAAAUAAGCUAGAUGUGAUACAUGAUGCUAAUGUGUAUGGUGUCGAAGUAACAGGUGCAGAAGGACGAGCAGGUAUGGCAGCCAUCCAUCUAGAAGAUAAUGUAACACUCAUGGAAAAUAUUCUACGAGACAUCUUCAACCUUGCAACAGAACAAUUGCCAAGUUAUGCCAGACCUUUAUUUCUGAGGUUUCCAAAAGAGCGAGCUAUUACGACUACACUAAAACAACAGAAAACGCAAUUGAGGAAAGAAGGUUUUCACCCUGAAGAUAUAGAUGACCCACUGUAUUACUAUGAUGAUCAAAAUAAAACAUAUUCUCGGUUAUCAGUUGAAACUUACAGUCAGUUUAUUACAAAAUCAAAGCUUUAGAUAUGCAGGCAAUGUUGGUGAUAAUUGAUAAUUUUAUUAAUAUAAUGAAAACACUAGAGAUAUUAUAUGUAAAACAGUUAUGUAUGUAAUCAGACUUGCAAUUAGCAACAUUUUCCACAGCAGUGCUAAGAUUUGUUACACAAAAUAGACCAAGUCUCUGCAGCAAACGCUUUCAAUAAACUAACAUUCUAAGGCUACAGGAAGAUUUUGAUCCAGUAUAUCCAAAGAACAGUAAUUGUUGAGCAGUAGUUCUAAAAAAAUAAACAAAAUAAAAAUGUCACUGACGUUGAAA